CACGGAUGACCCAUUCACUUUUCAUUUCCCCCAAAACAAACGACUCACUAGUCACUCCGCCUUCUAUCUUCUUCAUCUGCUUUAAAAUUUCUACCCUUUUCGCCACUUCUGUCACUGAAUUCCUUUCGCUACUCAAUGGCGUCAAUUAACUUUAACCCCUUUGGGGAAAAUUGGUUCAAGAAGCCACCAAACCCUCUACAAUCUAUAAACAUUCACGCUUUUGCAGAUUCCAUAAACCCGUUCAAACACCAACCUCAAUCCGAUCCAUUCUCUUCACCCUUUGCCGCUCUCUCUAUUUCCAACCCAUUCAAGAAAAAAACCGAACCCGAUUCCCAAAGACCCAAACCAGGAUACUACAAGAGAUUGCUUGAACAGUUCUACUGGGAGUCAGAAAAUCGGCCCGAUUACCGUCACACCCCAGAAGUUGAGAGGAUUCUAAACGAAGACCCAAUUUGGGAAAAGAAAGAGAAUCCAACCCAAGAAGAGAUUGAAGAGAACGAGAGAUGGUUGAAGGAAUUUCGUGAGAGUCCAGUUGUUCGUUUUUUAGCCCGAGCAGAGGAGGUUAUGGAUGAGAUUAAUGAAAUGGAGCUUAAAGAGAAUUCGAAACCAUAUAGAAGUGAGGAUAAGAAGUAUUGGCAGUCGAUUCCGCAUGUCAUCGGACCCGACGGCCGGCCAAUGCCAAGGAAAGCUAUAAAGACUAGGAAGGAGUCCGAUGACAAGUUUUGGGAUUUUGCAAAGCAAUUCUUCUUCGGGUUAUGGGGAUUCCGGCAACGGCCGUAUCCUCCCGGCCGACCAAUUGAUGUUGCUCAAGCUAUUGGGUACAAGAGGCUGGAGAAGAGAUAUUAUGAUUUUAUCAUGAGGUCUGGUGGAUUUUUCUACAAAGAUCGAAUAGGUCGAACAAGGGGACCUUGUGAGUUGAUACAGCUAAAAACAGCUUGGGGAGCUGGAAUCAUCGAUAAAUAUACUUUCAUUUGGGGUGAUGACAUGGACGAGUGGGUCCCAAUCGGCAUGAUUUAUGGUAUGGAGCGUGCAAUUGCCACUUGGGAAGUGAGAUUAGGUGCUGCAGCGACAGCUUUUAUUCACAAACUACAAAAGGGUAUCCCUCCGUGGGUCCCGCUAAAAGGGUUUGAGAAAAAAAGCAGGAAACAGCUGCAAGAUGAAGCAUAUGAAAGCAAGAAAAGGGAUUUGGCUGUUUUAGAAGCUAAUGAUGGGAUUUGGCCUGGUGUGAGAAUUCCUAGUCAUGCUUUGUUUCUUUGGGCUAGUGGAUCCGAACUCACAUCGAUUUUGGAACAAGACCAUAUGCCUAACAAAUACAUUCCCAAAGAUAUGAGGAAACAGCUGCAAAAAGCAAUUCCAGGGUUGAGGCCAUGGGAAGUUUUAAGUGUAGAACAAGCGAUGGAUCAGAUAACAUAUGGUGGUGAAUGGUAUCGCGAACCUCUUGGUAUAUUUAGAACCUGGCCUCCUUACAUUGAGGAAUGGAAUGAAGAUGUCGAGGAGUUAGUUGACUCAUACCAGCAAUUCACGGAGCUGAUGUGUGAGUUUUUGGAGGUAACAAUUCCAGGGUUCGAUAAGGUAAUGAAAAAGGUGGAAUCGGAAGCUGAGGGGAAAUUCAGAAGACGGGUGCAAAGUGGAAAGAAAAAAAUAGAAGCAAUGAAGCGGGCCCAACAACCAAAAAGUAUAGUUCCUGUUCCUGACAAUGAAGACGAAGAAGAAGAAGAUGAUGAUCAAUGAGCUCUUGUGUUUGUGUUUUUUUCUUAAAGAAUUGUUUUUGGGUAGAGUGUGUCCAUGAUAAUUAUGUUGUAAGUUUUUCUAGAUGUUACAUGAGAUGAACC